AUGACUUUUCGCGACAAAGUUCGACGGGUUUUCCAUCGCUCCUCUAGUAGUACGAGCAAUGGAAAACCCAAGGUGGAAUACUAUCGUCGCAAUGAAGUGCCCCCCUCCAAGUUCCGUGGCCCUUUCGAUAAAGAACACCAAAAGCGACUAGCGGCCUGGUCCUUUGAAGCCGCCAUGGCGGAUCGCCCGCGCUCGCCAGACUUGUCCCUCUCGCCCUGCGACACCUACGACUUGCCACCUCCCAACCUUGACACCGGCGAUGUUUCCCCCGACGAUGACGGUGUCGAUACCGAUUCAGCCCGUUUCGACUCUGUCUCACCUAUCGAUAUCGACUCCUCCCGCCCCACCAACACGGGAUCUCAGUCGUCCACGAUCAUCAACUCCGAGAGCUACAAUGGCUCUAUGAUGACUCUUCUCGGCGAGCCUUCCAUCUAUGAACUCUCCGACGAUCCCAUCGCUCAGAUCAAGGAGUCGAUUCGAUACACAUCACCCAUCGUCCGUGCCAUCACUCCGGCUUCUCCGUAUGCCAUGUCGCCGCGAUGCAAGCAGCAGCCCUUCUCGCCCGAAGACCUCAGCCGUGCCCUCGUCGCCGUCCAGGUCUGCGCGUAA